GCCCGCCUGUAGAUGGAGCAACCUCAAGAAUCCACGUUCGUUCAUUUGAUCAUACUUCAGAGGUCGAAUUUUGCGCGAGGAAGAUUCGGAAACAAGCAUAAUCACUCUAGCAGCGCAUUGCAGGACUUACGUCGAGGAGACCCAACAUGGCGUCGUUCUUUUCUUUUGCCUCACCGGUCGAUGUCGACGUCCGGCUAGAAGGAGAGGACCAGCGCAAGCAGGUGGAAAUCAAGAUGGACAAGGACCGUCGCGAGAACUGUCCUGUCUAUUUCGAUGGAGAGAGCGUCAGAGGAACCGUCUCGGUACGCAUGCGAGAUGGGAAGAAGCUCGCACAUGACGGCAUAAAGAUUGAAUUCGUCGGCAGCAUCGAACUCUUCUACGACCGAGGGAAUCACUACGAAUUCCUCUCACUUGUACAAGAGCUGGCUUCGCCAGGGGAGAUGCGUGCUGCUUCCUCCUUUGAUUUCGAGUUCAAGAAUGUUGAGAAAGCGUACGAAUCGUACAACGGCAUUAAUGUCAAGUUGCGCUACUUCAUCCGUGUCACCAUCUCCCGGCGAUUAGCAGACGUGAUCAAGGAGAAGGACCUUUGGGUGCACAGCUACCGCAUGCCACCGGAUAGCAACAGCUCCAUCAAAAUGGAAGUUGGCAUCGAAGAUUGCUUGCACAUCGAAUUUGAGUACAACAAGAGCAAGUACCAUCUCAAGGACGUCAUCGUCGGCAAGAUCUACUUUUUGCUCGUGCGCAUCAAGAUCAAACAUGCCGAGUUGAGCGUCAUUCGAAGAGAGACAACAGGCGCAGCUCCGAACCAAUACAACGAGAGCGAAACCAUCACAAAGUUCGAGAUUUUAGACGGCGCGCCUGUUCGAGGAGAGAGCAUCCCGAUACGGUUAUUCCUAGGUGGCUUCGAAUUAACUCCAACGUUCCGCGACGUGAACAAGAAAUUCAGUACACGGUACUACCUCAAUCUGGUCCUCAUCGACGAAGAGAAUCGGCGAUAUUUCAAGCAGCAGGAGAUCACUGUAUACCGAGCGCCGCAUGAUUGAAGUGCAUCAUUGCGGGUGUACAAAUCGCCAUACCCUUGGCGUGCAGUUUGCCCGAAGGGAACCGGCGGAAGGCGA